AUGCACUUAAUCUCGGUCCAGCAUUCACGCUGCCAUCUACACCGCCCUUCCCCUACCUUAACACCUUUACUCCCUCCGUUCCCGUCUCUGCCACCUUUCAACGCCUUACAUCUCCACCCCCAACUCCUUCGGCCGUGUUCACCGCGAACGCUUCUCCUCCUGCUCGCCCCCCCAGCACCCCUGGUCCCCCGAGGCGACAUACUAUCAACAAACCCUCCUCGCAGAGUAGUCCACACCUUUGUUUCCCACCCACCAGGCCACCUCUAUAUCAGUACACUUACGAUCAUCCCGCCACGCCCAUUAACCUCCUCGACCCCUGCUGCCCCGUUUACAUUCAAGCCGCACUCCCACAUCCUCAUUAUCCUUACCAGCCCCGCCAGACACGUCCCCCCCGAUUUCUAUAACUGCGACACCAGACAUCCUUCCUCGCCACACACUCUCUUCGGACACCCGCCCGCUCUCUCCUUCACCAAACAUAGCCCUAAUCCACCCAGCUCCUUAUUUGUCACAUCGAACUCCACAUCCAUCACCCCACCCCAAAAUACCGCCACAUACAGCAUCCCUGCCAAACCCAAGCCCAGCACAACAAACCCCGAGUUCCACCUCCAACAUAACUGGCCACAAAACGUGCGACCCCUCUUCUUCGAAAACGAGACUCCCUCACCCCCUUACGUCCGCUCCAUCCGUCCACUACACACUCCCUACCCCGAUCCCUUCACGCCCACCCAGCAACCACAAUCUCUGUCUCUUUACUCACGCAUUGUCGGCCCUCUUCAGUACCUCCUGAUCCACCUGGCCCCUAAAUUACUUACCCAACUCCCCCGGUCAACAACCGGCCGCCCUCACUACGGGGGGGGGGCACACACCCACCACUACUCUACUCCCUGUCCGCCUCCCUCCCCACCCAAACGCCAGUGCAGUUCCUCUAGACCUCCCUCCCGUUAA